AUGGUUGCUUUCUUUUACCACGACGAUAAAGAUACUGCCGAUAACUUCACUGAAGAACAUAACUCAGGUGUAGAAGUCACUGAACAAAAGUUAAAGGAAAUAGGAGUGUUAUAUUUCAACAUCGAAAAUACAGAUGAUUUGAAUUCUUUGGCUUCAGAAAGAAACUAUAAGAAUAGAGAUGAAAUAACUUUGAAUUUGAACUCUUUCAAUGGUGAUAUUGAUGCCUUCAAUGCUAAAAUGGCUCAAUUUUAUAAAGAACACUACCAUGAAGAUGAAGAAAUCAGAUACAUCAUUGAUGGGGAAGGUUACUUCGAUGUUAGAGACGGUGGUGAUAAAUGGAUCAGAGCCAAAUUGAAUAAAAAUGAUUUAUUGAUUUUACCUGCUGGUAUUUAUCAUAGAUUUACUUUAUCAAGUAAUCAAAGAAAUAUCAAAGCUGUCAGAUUAUUCAAAGAUGAACCUAAAUGGGAAGCUAUUAACAGAGAAACCAAUAAAAUCACUGAAGCUAGAACUGAAUAUGUUCUGUCUAUCAAAGUAUAG